UUCGCCUUGACCAAGCCAAGUUUCUCACGGAAGGCUAUUUGAUAAGCGUUUGGAACGAUUGUCAACAUGCCUGCAUCCUGUAAGAAGCUUAUUAACAAUGUGGAGCAGUGUGUGGAUGAGAAUCUAGAGGGUUUGGUCGCUGUCAAUCCCGGACUACAGCUACUUGAGGGAUUGAGGGUGGUGGUGCGGACGGACGUCGGACCUAAUGUCGUGGGGGCGGGCAAGGUGUCCCUACUUAGCGGAGGAGGGUCAGGCCAUGAACCCGCACACGCAGGCUAUGUGGGUCCUGGGAUGCUGACAGCAGCGGUAGCAGGGUCAGUGUUUGCCUCCCCUCCCCCAUACAGCAUCCUGGCUGGUAUCAAGGCUGUAUCGGCACCAGGCUCGGCUGGCGUUUUGCUGAUAAUAAAAAAUUACACAGGAGAUAGACUAAACUUUGGCAUGUCGGCCGAGAGAGCCAAGUCACAACUAGGGGUGAAGGUAGACAUGGUAGUAGUAGGGGAGGACUGUGCCUUGACCUCCGAUGACAAGACUGCAGGCAGGAGGGGACUCUGUGGCACUCUCUUUAUCCACAAGAUCUGUGGAGCUCUGUCAGAUGAAGGCAAGAGUCUGGAGGAGAUUGUCAAAGUGGCGAAGGAUGCUGCUUCAAAAAUGGGAACCAUUGGACUAAGUUUAACCCCCUGUAGUAUUCCUGGUUCUGGCCCAUCCUUCCAGAUAGCAGAUGAUGAAAUGGAGCUUGGACUGGGAGUCCAUGGAGAAGCAGGUGUAAAGAGGACUAAGCUAGUCAGUGCCAAGGAAGCAGUCAAGAUGAUGGUUGAUCACAUGACCAACCCCAGUAAUUGUACACAUCUUCCUGUCAAAAAAGGUGACAGAGUGGCUUGUAUGAUCAACAACUUAGGUGGGACAUCCAUGUUGGAGCUGAAUAUCAUUGCCAAAGAGGCCAUAGAAUUACUAGAGAGCCGAGGAGUGGUGGUUGAGAGAGCUUACUGUGGGACCUACAUCACCUCCCUGGAGAUGGCUGGAAUAUCCAUCACACUGCUUCACCUUGACGAUACAUUGAGACGUUGUCUGGAUGCCCCCACCUCCGCGCCAGCCUGGCCUCGCCCCCUUCUGCCCCCAGGAGCAGUGACACGCCAGACACCAGUCAGGAUGCCAAGGGAGACCAUCCAAGCCCAGGUCACCAAGUCUGGCCCUAAAAUGGCUUCUGUUGGGUCAGCUGAAGCAGGCCUUAUUUAUGACUGUCUGAAGCUGGCAGGAGAACGACUGGUGGCUGCCGAAUCACAGUUAAAUGAGCUAGACAGAGAGAGUGGAGAUGGUGAUUGUGGCAGUACAAUGGCUAGGGGCUCACAAGGUAUAUUGGCUAGUUUGGGAAGUAAAGAAAAUCCAAACUUACCCAUCUCUUGUCCGGGUGAGCUUGCCCUGACUUUAGCUAGUGCCGCGGAGGACACGAUGGGAGGAUCAUCAGGAGGGUUGUAUAGUCUAUUCUUCACGGCGGCCUCGACCUGUCUACAGACUACCGUCUCUCCCAACACUUACUGUGAAGCUCUUAAUGCUGGGAUACAGACAAUGAUGAAAUACGGCGGUGCUGAACCAGGGGACAGAACUAUGUUGGACCCUCUACACUCGGCCAGCCAGGCGUGGUCAGCAGCCCUGUCCAGCCAAUCACCAAUGGAGGCUUUCCGCCUAGCUGUAGAGGCUGCUGAGAAGAGUGCAGAAGAGACGGCCAAGAUGAAAGCUCAAGCUGGUAGGGCUAGCUAUGUCAGUGCUGAUCACCUGAAAAAUCCCGACCCAGGAGCACGGGCAGUAGCACUGUGGAUGAGAGCAGUACUAGAAGCAUUGUCCGCAUAAAACAAAACUGGCAUUCCGAAUCCGGACAUUCCGAAUCUGGACAUCACGAAUUUGGACAUCACCAAUCCGUGGCAUGCUGGGUCUUGGUGAUACCCAUUCCUUCGAUUAAACAUAAGUUGUGAUUAAUGAAAUUGUUACUAACAGAAUAAUAGGAGUAUAUGUAAUCUGAUUCAUAUCAAGAUAUUCUGUCAUAAACAGGAGUAAUCCAUUUAUUUGGUUAGGAAGCUAUUAAGCAGGUGCUAAUCUGGUUGUGAUUUCCUAUACAUUACGUAUGAUUAAUUGUAUGCAUGUUUGAGAGUGUGUCAGUUUUUACAGCCUUUUCAUACAUAGAUUAUAUGAUGGUAUUGCUAGAGAACGUGUGUGAAGACGCCAGGAUGAAUGUACGCGUAUAUAAGGAUUGUAAUUUACACUGUUAUUUUUACAUAGAAAUGUUAAUGAUAUUAUGAUAUUGGUUUUUACAGCAAAAUUAGUAUUAACAUUUGCAUUAAAAUGAUGAAAUUGAA